AUGGAUGAACGUCCCACGUUACACUUCUCGGAUUUGUGCGGCGUCCGCGCCGCUUGUUUUCCACACCUUGCGGAACUUGAGCCAUUGGCCCGGUCGAACGGCGAGGUGACUGCGAGCUGGUCGCGCGCCUUUCAUCGACCCCCCGUGGAGCGGCCGCUGAGCAAAGAGCAGGUACAGCAGCUGCUUGGUGCCAACUUUGGGCGUCGCUUGCAGUCCGAUGCGUCCCGUUUUGGCGUCUCGGAUCAAUUUCACCAAGAUUGGCAGCUGGAUGUGCACGACAAGGUGGAGCAGGUGAAGGUGGCCCCAGGCGGCAAGGGCGAAGCGGUGAUAAGCUGGUUGACGACGGAUCGCCACUUGCCCAGCGUGGUGCGCUACAAGAGUGCCCGAAGCCUAUUCAGCGAAGUGGCGCAGGGCGAGGUCAACGUCUACACGACGCAGAUCUGUUUGCCCAACUCAGAGGUCAUGACAGAUCCACUCUUGGGGCCUCCCAACAUCCCGCUGAACUACGAUGAGCUGACAGCCUUGCUGAACACCUCGGCCUUUCUGCCCAAGGAGAGCGAUUCGUGGCGUUUCUUGGGGCCCAAAGACGAUCCCUGGGAUUUCUUGGAAAAGACCAACUUCUGUGUCGACUACAAGAAUCCCAAGGCCUACUACACCAGCCCCUACAUCCACACUGUGACCCUCGCUGGCCUCAGCGGCUCCUCAGAAUAUAGCUUCCGCCCGGAGGGAAGCAGCAGGACCUUCACCUUUACUACUCCUCCAGAAGCUGGUGCGGGCACGAGCCGACCCUUGCGCGUGGGCGUCUGGGCAGACAUUGGUAUCACCAACGUGAGCUUCGGCCGGGACCUGAGCUUGAGGAUGCUGCGCUUAGCACCCGAGCUGCUGAUGUCCCUGGGGGACCUGUCCUACGCCGACGGCUGGGCGGAGCGCUGGGAUAUCUUUGGCAUCAUGAUGGAACCUUUGAUGUCCAGUCGCUAUCACCUGGCCGUGGCUGGCAAUCAUGAGAUGACACAGAACAAUGCGGUGGAUCUGAUCCAUCGCUAUCCCAUGCCAUUCCGUCCAUCCGGAGCUCCGAAUCCCCUGAUGUUCGCCUACGAGACGGGUCUUUUGUAUGUGCUGGGCCUUCCCGGCAGCUACGCUGCCACAGACCCGAGCUCCGCGCAAUGGGCUUUUGCAGCGGAGAAGUUGAUGGCCGUGGAUCGACAGCGCACCCCGUGGGUCGCGGUGAUGUUCCACACCCCCUGGUACAACAGCAACAACGCUCAUUUCGGAGAAGCAUUGAAACAUCAGUGGGACAUGGAAUCUCUUUUCUAUCAGUAUGGAGUUGACCUGGUCUUCAAUGGACAUGUUCAUAGCUACGAGCGUUCCUUCCCCGUCUACAACAACACGGUGGACGAUUGUGGCACGGUGCACAUUGUCGUGGGCGAUGGCGGCAACUACGAAGGUCCUGCCCUCUAUGAGGGCCACCCCCCUGGGUGGCGCCAGCCGCAGCCACUCUGGAGUGCCUUCCGGGAGGCCUCAUACGGACCAGGCCUUCUGACUAUCUACAACAGCAGCCAUGCAGAAUGGCGCUGGCACCGUGUAGCCUGCGUAUUUCAGAACAAACACCAUGAGCCUGUCAAACUGACGAAAUUUACUUAUGAUGGUAGCACCAAAUCCCUGGGCCGCACUCGGCCCAUCAGCGCCUACUACUGGGACGGGGUGUCUGGCCCCGCGGACGGCCCCAAGUGUUCCACGGAGGGCGAUAAUUCAAAGCAAGCAUUUGAAGCCUCAGACGUGGUGAUGUUGGUGCGAAAUCCUCAGAGAUGCUCCAACAAGAGGUGGAAGAAGCCUCCUUCAGCCGCUGCGACGGAAUUUUCCUUUAGAGGGAUGACGCCGCACUUGGCGGUGCUGAGUGCUGCUUCGAUUUUGGCCACGCUCAUUUCGCUGAGAAGUCGAAUGCCUUGGUCGAGCCCUGCUCGACAAAACGGCGAGAGAUUGCUGAGCUCUCCGGACCUGAAACCGGACAACGUGCUCUAUGCGACCAAGGCACCAGAUAGUUCUGUGAAAGUCAUCGACUUUGGACUUGCUGACUUUCUCCAACGUUUGCGCCAUGCGGCUGGUGGAAAGCCCAUGGAACGCGCUGGAACCUUGGCUUUCAUGGCGCCCGAGAUGCUGAGUUCGGGCGAUGGAUCCUAUGGCGAGAAGGUGGAUGUGUGGGCCAUUGGCUGCAUCCUUUUUCUGCUCGUCACAGGUCAACAUCCCUUUUGGCCUGGCCGUGGCACCAGUGAACAGCAGUUGAUCAGCUCCAUCACGCAGGGCCAGUUGCCGCAGCACCCCAAUUUCCUGGCGGCGCCCGCGGCGGCCAAAGAUCUGGUGCUGCAACUCAUGGUGAAAGAUCCAACACACCGGACCAGCGCGGCUGAUGCCUUGCGGCAUCCCUGGUUGAAAGGCUUGGACCAGUCCUCGCAAAAGUCCCAGGUCUUGGACAAAUCCGUCUUCGAUGGCCUCUGCAAGUAUCAGGCAUCGAGCAAGUUGAAACGCGCCGUGUUGAAACUUCUGGCAAAGGAGGCAGACGAGGAGCGAGUCAAGAAGUUGCGGGAGCAGUUCCGUUUCUUGGACGCGCAGCAGGACGGCUUCAUCAGCCGUGAGGAGCUUCUGCGUGGGAUGCGGCAAUGCCCAGAGUUCAGCAACGUGACGGCCGCGGACUUGGCGCGAAUUCUGCCUCCGGAACUGUUUACGGAGAAAAUUUCCUGUACGGAUUUCACAGCGGCGCUGCUAUCCCUCCAGGGUUUCCGCAAAGCCGAGCUUCUUGCGGCCUUCCAUCGCUUCGACGUGCGCCGAGAAGGCAAAAUCUCCUUGGGUGCCCUCUCCGAAGUCCUGAAGAAUGCAGGGCCGACGUCCAAGCUCGAAGCCUUUCGAGAAGCGGAUGUGGGUCAGGAUGGUGCCAUCGAUUUCGAAGAGUUCUGUGCUCUGAUCAACGCUUAG